UUCAGAAUUUGAAGGAUCUGAAACUUUGGUUAAUAGCAUAUCCCAUUUUUCUGGGCAUCCAAUUCUCUCUGGAAAAUUGCUUUUUCAAACUCCAAUUCUAAUGGCAGGGCCUGAUUACAAAGCCAAUCAAGACAAGGAUGAUUUUCUGCAGCUUUUGGCAGUUCUAGGAGUUGAUUUCCUUCUCUCUGGUGAAGAAAAGGUAUCCCCAAUAUUAUGUGCAGGGAAGAUGAUUUGCCUAUUCUUUUCUGCAAACUGGAGUAGACCUUGUAGGACUUUCACUCCACAGUUGGUUCAACUCUACAACUCUUUGCAAAAGAGAGGUGAAAAGCUAGAGAUUAUCUUCAUCUCUUUGGACCAUGACAAAAAUGAAUUUGAACAAUACUUCAAGACUAUGCCAUGGCUCGCUGUGCCGUUGAACGACAAGUUGCAGAAACAAUUGUGCGGCAAGUACCAUGUCGAUUGCAUUCCAUCGUUUGUUCCGCUUUGCGGAGAUCACAUUUUGAAAGAAGAUGACUUGAUUGGCUUCCUUGAAGAUUAUGGGGCUGAAGUAUUUCCUUUUACAAGGAAAAGGAUGCAAGAACUUAAGGCUAUGGAUUGUGCCAAACGUGUAGAAGGAAGACUUGAAGAACUCUUUGGGAACAGAGGAUAUAACUAUGUUAUUUCUAGUCAUGGCGGCAAGACACAAAUAUCUCAGCUAGUUGGAAAGACAAUAGGCCUUUAUUUUGGAGCAUAUUGGAGCCCUCCAAGUCGUUCCUUCACAGCAAAACUAUCUAAAGUAUACAAAGAAAUCAUGGACAAAACAGAGAAUCAUCACUCCUCCUUAGAAGUAAUCUUCGUCUCCACGGACCGAAACCUCGACGAAUUCAAACUCAACAUAAUGGACAUGCCAUGGCUGGCUAUCCCUUACGAGGACGAGACCCGGGGAGACCUCUACAGGAUAUUCGACGUGAAGGCUAUCCCAACACUAGUCCUGAUCGGGGCAGAUGGAAAGACGUCGAGUGAAAACGGAAGAGGGUUGGUAUGCUUGUAUGGAGCAGAGGCAUUCCCAUUUACAGCAGAAAGAAUAUAUGAGUUGGAAAGAGCAGUGAAAAAGGAAGGAGAAGAUUUGCCUUCAAAAGUGGAGGAUAUAAAACAUGAACAUGUUCUUAAAUUGGAGUUUGCAAAAGCUUAUGUUUGUGAUUUUUGCAAAUUACAAGGAAGGUUUUGGGCAUUUUCUUGUCAUAUUUGUGAUUAUGAUCUUCAUCCAACUUGUGUUCAGCUCACAAAUAAUGUAUAAAAGUAGAGAUAAAGUUAGGAAGAGAAAAGAAAUCUAAGGCAAACUUUGAAUUUUGCUUUUCAUUACUGGACUACGUGUCAAAUCCUAGUAAUGUAGUAUUCGAUAAAAGUCAUUUUUUGUUUUGGACUUUCAUGGAAGCAAUAAUUUAGUCUCAAAAUUUUAAGUAGUA